AGCCAUGCAUUUGGGAAGAUGUGGAACUUUGAUGAGCAUUUAGUGCUUCAUCAACUACCACACCGAAAGGCCAACCAUUAAUAAGUGGCAAAGGGGUGGUGGCAACAAGCUCCAUUACUGGACCCGGAAGCUCAUCAUCAUCUCCCUCUCCCAUGGAGGCCCGGCCACCAAGCCAAGGCGGCGAGGAGGCCGCAGCAGGAGGAGGAAGCACCCGAAGUGGUACUAGUCCCACGCGCACCGCCGAGACGCUGCUGCGGCUGCUGCCACUGGGGCUGUGCAUGGUGGCGCUCGUCCUCAUGCUCAAGAACUCUCAGACUAAUGACUCUGGCUCUCUCUCUUACUCCCAUCUCGGAGCUUUCAGGUACCUGGUGCAUGCCAAUGGAGUCUGUGCAGGCUAUUCCCUUCUUUCAGCUGUGGCGGUUGUUGCAGCUGCUCCUCCCCCCUUAACCAUGUUCACAGCCUGGAGUUUCUUCCUCCUCGAUCAGGUGUUGACAUACAUAAUACUGGCUGCUGCGGCAACAUCAGCUGAAGUGGUGUAUUUGGCAUACAAAGGGGACCAAGGCAUCACAUGGAGUGAAGCCUGUGGCUCCUUUGGUGGGUUCUGCAGAAGGGCAACUGCAUCCACGGCCAUCACAUUCCUGGUUCUGCUUUGCUAUGCACUGCUCUCACUCAUCUCCUCCUACAGGCUCUUCACCAACUUUGAUCCGCCUGUUAUUACCCCAAAAGCCAAGGGCACAUUAGAGCUUGGUAAUGGUUCCUUCCAUGGCUGAUCACAUAGCACUAUCUUCCUCUAGCUUGUGUUAAUGUACCCAGUAAUCAGUUUACUUGAAUUUUUGUUAUUUCAAUUAUAAGUUUGAACCAUGUAAUUUUGAAUCAAUUGUACCUUUGAACUUUUUAUUGGUUUAAUUACACCCCUAAACUAUAAUUAAUUCAUUGU